AUGGAACAUCAUAAAACCAAGUAUCAGCAGGAAUUCUGGAAAAGGGAUUUCUCCAAACACAUUGGAGAGAAUGAUAUUGAAGAUUUCAUGAGACAAGAAGAUCGCCGACAACGCAUCUGGGAUAGUUAUGCAAGAACAUUUGAGCUCAGGAACAAUCCAGACCUGUUCUUCAGUGUGAUUCUACGAGAUGCCCUGUUCAUCUUUGAGCUGUUUUUGAGGGACUUUGAAAAUCAGCUUGGAAAUAAGAAGCCUGAUGAAGUGAAGGAUUAUAUAUUGAGAACACCGUGGCUGAGGAAUGUUAUAGAGUUGGACUUAAUAUUACUGGAAAAUCAGCUUCCCUUUUUUAUUUUCACAGAACUGUUUGAAUUCAUCCUGCAAACACAGCCAGAUAAUCAAAUGGAUAUGGAUUUUCCUUUUUAUCUAUCAAAACAUGGUCACCCAGGGGCACUGGCAGGAUCAGGUGGUUUGCUAAGCAUAGCGGAAACUAGAUCACAAUUCAUCGCUGACGAUACGAUCUGGGGCACCGAAACUAAUUUCCUCAAGAAUAUCAAACAUUUUACUGAUAUGGUCAGAAAGUUUCUGUGUCCAACUGAUCUGAUGGUUCUGCUGUCUCAACCUGCUCAACCAAAUCAACCACCCUGUUCUUCUUGUUAUUCUCAAACAAAUACAUAUGUCAAUUAUAAUGGCAUGGAAGACCCAUCUGUUCAUUAUACCACCUGUUUUUACAGUGCUAAGCAACUGGAUAAAGCAGGGAUAGAAGAUAAUACAGACUGCCUUAUGAGAAAUGUCAUGGCUUUGGAGCAGUGUGUUUAUCCAUUUCAGUCUUAUAUCUGUGAUCACAUUUCGCUGCUGGAUCAUCUCAUUAACACUGCUGAAGAUGUGGAAUUGCUGGUGGAGAAGAGAAUUGUUGACAAUUUGCUUGGCAGCAACGAUGCAGUGCCAGAUUUGGUUAACAAACUUUGCGACCAAAUUGUGGAAUCGGGUUUGUGCUAUGGAACAAUCUGCAAACAACUUAACAAGCACCAUGACAAUUUUUGGAACGUCACCAAGAAAUCCUUAAGCGGGUUUACUUCAAGGAUCUUUGGACUAGCAGUUCUAGUAUAG